AUGGCUGCAGCAAGGGGUCCCCAGGCACACCCAUCCCCAAGCAAGGACUCCUCACAGGGACAGAAACCAGCUCUUCAUGGCAACAACCCUAACUCCGAGGCCUUCCACUAGCGCUUCAGGCAGUUCUGCUACCAGGAAGUAACUGGACCUCAUGAAGCGUUUAGCAAACCCUGGGAACUCUGUUGUCAGUGGCUGAGACCUAAGACGCACUCAAAAGAGCAAAUCUUGGAGCUGCUGCUUUUGUAGCAAUUUCUGACCAUCUUGCCAGAGGAGAUCCAGACCUGGGUGAGGGAGCAAUGUCCAGAAAAUAGCAGGGCAGCUGUGGCUCUGGUUGAGGAAGUGCAGAGAGCACCUGGGUAACUGGAUCAACUGGUCCCAGGUUCUGGGAAGGGCUUGGAAGUGCUCAGCGAGCAGAUGGCCCCUUUGGGAGCAGCCAGAGAAUCACUGAGCUUCCAGCCAAGACCAGAGGAGCGGACUUCGGAGGGUUCACUGAGCUCACCCCGAAGGCCCCGCAGGCAGCCAGAAUGGAAGCAGAAGCCUCUGCCCUCCCCGCCAGCAGGUGUGCACUGGGGCUCUGAUGAGACCAAGACAUUCCUAGCCAUUAGUGAGUCUCAGCUUUAUGAAAAACUCCAAACCCGUCAGCGGAACAGUCAUAUCCAAAGUGCGGUGGCAGAACUCCAGGAAUGGGGUUUUCUGAAGACCCAAGAGCAGUGUCACACCAAGUUCAAAAGCACACAGUUGAACUACCGCAAAGUGAGGCGAGGCCAUGUUACUAAGCCUUGUACCUUUUAUGAGGCAAUGAGCUCCUUCGCCUCUGCCCCCGAUAUAGCACGUGAUGUUUCUGGCCAAAGAGGAAGUGAAACUGAGCUGGGAGAGCUGAAUCAGCAGAACAGGGAGCCCAGAGAGGUUAGGGAAGGUGCCACUAGGGGUGGUGCAGACAGGGAUGAAAUGGAUGUCAGGAAUCCUGGCCAGGAAGUUAGGAGACUUUAUCUGCCAAUCCUGUUCCCUAAUAGACUUGGUUUUGAGAGCAGGAAUAGAAUUAAAAAAGAGAAUCCAAAAAUGGUGACUCAGGAAGUCAAAGUGAACAAGGCUUUAAAGAGAAAGUCUAGCAGAGAAGUUUCUCAGCACUCUGAGUUUGAAAAAGGCUGGGAGAAUGAACUAACAUCAAGAAGGCAUAGUAGAAAUUCUCCGGGGGAGAGUGGGGAGAAAUCCCCACCCCAUGAGAGGAUGAGUUACCAGAGACCUUGUACUGGGGAAAGAUCCUCUAAACAUUUCCUUUGUGGGAAAAACUGCUCUCAGAGUUCCUUCUCUCCCCACCAGCCAGCCCCCAAACUGGAAAAAGCCUCUAAAUGUCAUGAAUGUGGAACAAAAUUUAGCCAAGCUUCUUAUCUCAUUUUCCAUCAGAGGAUCCCCAUGGGAGAAAAGCCUCACAAGUGUACUCAAUGUGGGAAAGGCUUUAGUGAGCGCUCCAACCUCACUGCCCACUUAAGAACUCACACAGGGGAGAGACCUAACCAGUGUGGGGAAUGUGGGAAAAGCUUCAACCAGAGCUCCAGCCUUAUCAUCCACCAGAGGACCCAUACCGGGGAAAAACCUUAUCAGUAUACCAUAUGUGGAAAGAGAUUCAACAACAGUUCCCAGUUUAGUGCUCACUGGCAGGGGCACAAUGGGGAAAGCCCAUACAAGUGUGCGGAGUGUGGGAAAAGCUUCAACAACAGCUCUCACUUAGGUGCCCACCAAAGAACCCACAUUGGGGAAAAGCCUUACCAGUGCUCUCAGUGUAAGCAAAGCUUUACUAAGAACUCUGCCCUCAAUCACCACCAGGGAGUUCAUGUAAAAGAGCCACUCAUAUCACAAAAAAGAAGAGAAAUGUUUUAAGUGUGUAGGAAUCCUGACAGAUCAAUUAGGCAAACACAUGUUUCAUAGAGCUUUCUUCUGCUUCUGGGGAGAUCUGUUAGCCAGUCCUUGGAUUACUGACAACUGGAGCUUAAGAACUAUGUCCAGGAAUAGG